CUGAAUGUUUUGGCGCGAAGGUGGGCGAAGGUGCGUUGUUUGACCAAAUCGCGAAUUCGAGCCGAGUAUCUUGAGCGUCCAUUUAGCACGCAACGACGCCCUCGUAGCGAAAAUGUCGCAAAAACUAAUAUCAUCUUUCUUCGCAUCGAAGCCCGGAGCGUCGAAAAAGAAGCCCGAUGACGCCCCAAAGUCGCCCGAAAAGGAGCUCAACGGAAGUGGGCUUGCCAAGCCGGCCGACGUCUCUAAAGAGUCUCCCGUCAAGGCGCCGCGGAAGAGGCGUGCCAGGAUAAUGACCGACAGCGACGAAGACGAGGAUGCAAAGCCUGCUUCUCCUGCCAAGGCACAACCCAAGGAAGAGCCUGCUGAGGACUCCAAAGAGCGGGCGGCCGAAGUGUCCAAGAAAGAGCCGGAGGAAGAUGGCGUAUCUAAAGGCUCAAGCCAGACCUCCCAGUUGACCUCUCCGGACGGCGUUAUAAAGAGACGUACCGCUCGGAAGACUGCCAAGCGGGCGGUGGAACCGAAUCAGGCCGUUGUUAAUGCAAGCAAGAAGAUAAAAGUCGAGGCGGCUGAAAAGUCGAAGUCCGAGAGUCCUGAAAAUCCAAAGGACAAGGUCAAGCGGGAGGACAUAAAAGAGGACGAGGAGGAAAGGAAGGCCAAAGAUUCGUCUGCCGCCAAGGAGGAACCAGCAGAAGACGUGGCAAAAGCUGAGUCGCCCACAGAAGAUUCCAAGGCCAGGCAAAAGGACUCGCCACCUGCCAAGGCGAAAGAGGAAAAGGCGGUGCCGAAAAAGGCUGCUGGAAGACUGCAGAACUUCAUGUUCGGUGCCAGGAAGGUGGAUGGCAGCAGCGGCAGUCUCGAGACGGACUACGACCCUUCCAAGGCCAAAUACGACCCCGUCAAGGAUGCCUGCUGGAAGAAGGGAGACAAGGUGCCUUACCUGGCACUGGCCAAGACCUUCGAGAAGAUCGACAGCAUCUCGGCCAGGCUGAAGAUGGUGGAGGUGCUCCGCAACUUCUUCCGUUCGGUGAUGGCGCUCUCGCCGGACGACAUGGUGCUCGCCGUCUACUUGUGCCUCAACAAGCUGGCGCCGGACUACCAGGGGGUGGAGCUGGGCGUCGGGGAGUCCCUCUUGGUCAAGGCCCUGGCCGAGGCGACCGGCCGGACCCCGGACAAGAUCAAGGCCGAGGUCGCCGUCAAGGGAGACCUCGGACUGGUGGCCGAGAGCAGUCGCACAAACCAGCGCCUCAUGUUUGCCCCGCCGCCCCUCACGCUGUCCGCUGUGUUCACCAAGCUCAAGGCCAUCGCCGAGAUGACCGGAAAUUCGGUGCAGACCAAGAAAGUGGAGAGCAUCAAGAGCCUGCUGGUGGCGUGCCGCCAGUGCGAGGCCCGCUUCCUGGUGCGCUCUCUCGGGGGCAAGCUGCGCAUCGGCCUCGCAGAGUCCUCUCUCCUGCUCGCGCUAGGACACGCGGCCGCCCUCUCGCCACCACACGGCUCUCCUGACGCGAGCAAGAAGCGUCUGGACGAGGCGGCGCUGCUGGUCAAGACCGCCUACUGCGAGUGCCCGGACUAUGGUCAGCUGGUGUCCGCCCUGCUUGACGGGGGCCCCGACGUGCUGCCCGAGCGAUGCCGUCUGACCCCCGGCGUGCCCCUCAAGCCCAUGCUGGCCCACCCGACCAAGGGAGUGUCGGAGGUACUGGGCCGCUUCGAGGGCUCCCCCUUCACCUGCGAGUUCAAGUACGACGGAGAGAGGGCACAGAUCCACUUGCUGGAGGACGGGAGCGUGCGCAUCUACUCUCGCAACCAGGAGGACAACACGUCCAAGUACCCAGACGUGGUGGGGCGGCUGAAGGAGGCGCUUUCCCCCUCCACCAAGUCGUGCGUGCUGGACAGCGAGGCCGUGGCCUGGGACCGGCCCAGCCAGACCAUUCAGCCCUUCCAGCUGCUCAGCACCCGCAAGCGCAAGGACGCCAACGAGGACGAGAUCAAGGUGCAGGUGUGCGUGUUUGCAUUCGAUCUGCUCUACCUCAACGGGAAAUCCCUGGUCAAGGAGCCCCUGCGCAAGCGGAGGAGCCUCCUCCGCGAGAUCAUCACGGAGGUGCCGGGAGAGACCUUGUUUGCCCGCUCGGCCGACCUUUCCACCGUCGAGGACAUCCAGGAGUUCCUGGAGGAGUCCAUUCGAGGCAGCUGCGAGGGACUCAUGGUGAAAAUGCUGGACAGUGACGCCACUUACGAGAUUGCCAAACGUUCACGCAACUGGCUCAAGCUGAAAAAAGACUACCUGGACGGUGUGGGAGACACAGUGGACGUGGUCGUUCUCGGAGGCUACCACGGGAAAGGGAAGCGCACGGGGACCUACGGUGGCUUCCUCCUCGCCUGCUACGACCCUGACAACGAGGAGUUCCAGUCGCUCUGCAAGAUUGGGACGGGCUUCAAGGAAGAGGACCUGGAGCGCCACUCCGAGUUCUUCAAGGAGCACCGCAUUGAGGCGGCCAAGUCCUACUACCGCUUCGACAGCAACCUGGAGCCGGAUGACUGGUUUGAAGCGGUCCAGGUCUGGGAGAUCAAGUGCGCCGACCUCUCGGUCUCCCCCGUCCACAAGGCCGCCCUCGGACUGGUGGAUCCCGAGAAGGGGAUAUCCUUGCGGUUUCCUCGUUUCCUCAGGAUACGGGACGACAAGAACCCCGAACAGGCCACUUCCGCACGGCAGAUUGCGGAACUCUACAGGAACCAGGAUCACAUCAAGAACAAGGCCCCCGCCUCGACGGCCAAUCAGGACGAGGAAGACUUCUACUGAACUGCCCCUCUGCCCUUGUAAACUUGUAAAUAAGCUUUUAGCAAGCACUGGAUGGAAUUAAAAGGUCAGUGUGUCGA